AUGUCUGAUGAGGCGUACACGAACACACAUAUUUCGACUUCAAGCUCAACAUCGGAACCAUCGACAGCUGUUUCGAAGAGCAAGAGUCCCACCGCAGCAUCAGCCUCCGCCAGCGCAACACAGACUGACUCACCAUCAACCCACACGGGUACCCAAACCGAAGACCAGGAAGAGAAACCCUCCUCGAACUCAGCCGCGAUCGGUGCAGGCGUAGGUGUAGGAGUAGGCGCAGCGGUCCUCAUCGGAGCAUUAAUAACGUUCCUCUUCUGGCGGCGCAGCAAGAAGCGCCAGCAGGACGAGACCAACCCAUACACAAACAAUGGCUUCCCACUCGAUCAGAAGUCUAUGGAGGCGGACGACAACAAUACAGAAAUGUAUCCUACUUCGCGCGCAAUCUCCAAUGAUCAAGGCGGCGCAACCACAUACGCGUACUAUGCCGAGACGGACCCCAGGUAUGUCGUAUAUGCUCUGUUUGCAUCGCGUAUCAAAGCUAAUCUGGUCCGCAGUGUAAAUCCUUUUGUAUCGCCCCAAGAACUACCGGUUGGAAUUGCGCCGGUUGAGCUUCCUGCGAGUCCGAAGCAUCAACCUGAUUUCAAGCAUCGAUUUUAG